AUGGAAAAAAGAUAUCAUCAAUUGUUUAAAGGGAAAAGGAUAGAAUUUCCGUUAGCAACUGGUGCUGCAUCACAUGUGUCAUUAAUAUAUGAUGAAAAAAAAAAUCCAUAUUUAUUAUGUUGGACUUCUUUUUAUCAAGAAAAGCCAGAGUUUACUGUACCUUUGAAAGGGUGUAGAAUAAUUAAUAAUAUUACAGAAAUAGGACCUUGUGUUCACAUAAUUACAUCAAAUGAAGAAUACCAGUUUCAAUGCAGAAGUAAAGAAGAAUAUAACGAAAUGAGUCAAUUUUUUAAUAUGCUUGGUUUUCCUAUUUUAGGAUUUAAGAAUGUAUAUGUUUUAAAUAAAAAAAUAGGAAAAGGAAGCUUUUCUACAGCAUAUAUAGGUACAAAUAUACUAUAUGGUAAUAGGGUAGUAGUUAAAGAAGUAGAUAAAUCUAAAGUUAAGGAAUCUAAUGUAUAUACUGAAAUAGAAGUCUUAAGAAAAGUUAUGCAUAAAUAUAUAAUAAAGUUAAUUUCAGCAUAUGAACAAGAAGGAUAUGUUUAUUUAGUUUUAGAAUAUUUAAAGGGUGGAGAAUUAUUUGAAUAUCUUAAUAAUAAUGGGGCUUAUCCAGAGCAAAUUGCAAAAAAAGCAAUUAAAAGAAUUUUAAUAGCUUUAGAAGCUCUUCAUUCUAAUGGAGUUGUACAUAGAGAUUUGAAAAUGGAAAAUUUAAUGCUUGAAAAUCCAAACGAUCCAAGCUCUUUAAAAAUAAUAGACUUUGGAUUAGCUUCAUUCUUAAAUAGUCCUUCAAUGAAUAUGAGAUGUGGAUCUCCAGGUUAUGUUGCUCCUGAAAUUUUGAAAUAUGCCUCUUAUGGAACAAAAGUUGAUAUAUUUAGUUUAGGUGUUAUUUUAUUUAAUAUACUUUGUGGUUAUCCUCCUUUCAGAGGAAAUAAUGUAAAAGAAAUUUUUAAAAAAAAUAUGAGAUGCCAUAUAAGCUUUAACACAAAACAUUGGGUAAAUAAAUCCGAUAGUGUAAAAGAGAUUAUAUUGUGGAUGUGUAGCAAAAAUCCAGAUGAUAGAUGUACUGCUUUACAAGCAUUAGGGCACCCAUGGUUCUUGCCCAAAUUUACCGACAUGCAUAUAACGGCAAAUGUUAAUGAACUUAAAAAUAAAGAAAGUAUUAUUCAAAAAGUAGCUGAACAGGAUUUAUGUAAAAAAUGUAAACAUUAUAAUAUUGAAAAUAAUGAUAAUAAUAAUUAUAAUAAUAAUUCCAUUUCACGCAAAAAUAGUAAAAGUAAUUACAAAAAUCAUAAAAAAUAUUAUGAUACAAUGCUAAAAAUUGAUGACAAAUAUUCAGAUAAAAUUAUUAAAAAUAAAAGUAGUAUUGGUUCUAUUUCUUUGAAUAGAAAAGAUUAUGAUGUAUGUCUUUCAAAUUCUAAUGGAUAUGAAACUGUUGUAUUGCAUGGGAAUUACCCCGUUCCAAAUCGCUCUUCAUCAUUAAUAUCAUAUAAUCAAUUAAAAAGAAAGAAUAAAGAAUUAAUUUAA